AUGUCUGGUACUUCCCAUAAUAACUCACCUCCGCGACAACCCAUACCGCGCCUCAACGACCCGUUCGACGACUCUUCAGCUGUCGAAAACCAAAACAACUUUCAGCCGGUCUCGCUGCAAAAUCUGCAGACACCACCAUCAUUUAGGCCAGCUUACUUUUCCUCUGGAGACCACAAUCGAGCUCCGUCUCUAACCUAUACUUCACUUAACCCGUAUUACAACGAUUCGGUUGAGGACGAAGAGCAGGAACCAUUGUAUUCCGAUUUGACCGGUCUUAUGAAUCAGACCUACAAUAUGUCCGAAUCUGCUCUUCCACUCACCUCCAACGCUUCGCCAGUGCCGUCCGUGGACGCCGGUGAACCUUACAAUUUAAUGAUAGAUACCAUCAAAUCUGAAGAGCCGCCAGCCGAAGGUGGCGACUCAUCCAACCGGCAAAUCAAAGGGGUAUCGCCUACGAACCAGUUCACGACGUUGGGUACCUUGAUCGUGGUGUUGACCGCUACAGCAUUCAAAGAAAUUAUGGAAGAUCUGAAACGACAUAAUUCGGAUUCGGAGGUUAACAAACGAACAUGUAAAUGCCUUGAAGGACGUGUUUUCGUUGAGAAGGAGUGGAACGAAGUAAAAGUAGGGGACAUUGUUCGUAUUGAGAGCGGGGAAUUCUUUCCCUCUGAUCUAAUAUUGCUCAGCAGCUCCGAGCCCGAAGGAUUGUGUUACAUAGAAACGAGCAACUUGGACGGUGAGACGAAUUUGAAGAUCAAGCAAGCCGCGAGCGAAACAUCUCAUCUAGUGUCACCAUCUCAGAUCGCAAAUCUGGGAGGUCAAAUACAUUCGGAAAGUCCGAAUAACAGUUUAUACACUUUCGACGGUGUCUUCAUAAUGAACACAUCCAACGGCACUCGAAAAAUCCCACUAGACCCCACCCAAGUAUUACUCAGGGGUGCACAACUAAGGAACUCCCAAUGGAUCUAUGGCAUCGUGAUAUUCACUGGUCACGAGACAAAAUUAAUGAGAAAUGCCAGCGUAGAGAAGAUGGUCAAUGUGCAAAUAAUCUUUUUGUUUGGUAUCUUGUUGGCAAUGAGUAUUGCGUGUUCGAUUGGUAGCGCCAUCACGACGUUGAAAGGCGGGAACGAAUUGUCUUAUCUGGAACUCUUUGCCUCAAACAGCAUCCUUGGACAGUUCGGGUUCAACAUUUUGACCUUCUUGAUCUUGUUCAAUAAUUUGAUCCCCAUAAGUCUGAUUGUCACCAUGGAAGUGGUGAAGUUUCAACAAGCGUCGUUGAUCAAUUCCGAUCUGGACAUGUAUUACGAAAAGACCGACACCCCCGCCUUGUGUCGGACCAGCAGUCUAGUUGAAGAAUUGGGACAGAUCGAGUACAUCUUCUCCGAUAAAACCGGUACUCUCACCUGUAACGAAAUGGAAUACAGGCAAUGCUCCAUUGCGGGAAUAGCCUAUGCGGAUCACGUCGAGGAGAUCAAAAAAGCUCGUAUAGUUGACGGCGAAGAAGUCGGAAUGCAUGACUUCAAACAAUUGAAGUUAAACUUGAAGAAUCAUCCGACCAAAAAUGUGAUCAACGAAUUCCUGACACUAUUGUCCGUUUGUCAUACCGUCAUUCCAGAGCGCACAGAAGAUAACCCUUCCAACAUCGUCUAUCAAUCCUCGUCUCCUGACGAAGGCGCUCUCGUAAAAGGUGCAGUCACCCUGGAUUAUGUGUUCACGACGCGUCGUCCAAAAUCCGUCAACAUACGUGUUAAUGGCGUCGACCUCGAAUACGAAAUUCUAAACAUAUGCGAAUUCAAUAGCACGCGUAAGCGUAUGUCGACCAUCGUUCGCGGUUCCGACGGAAAGAUCAAAUUGUACUGCAAAGGGGCGGAUACGGUGAUCAUGGAACGAUUGAGCGAUAAUAAUCCUUACAUCGAGAAGACGCUGCAACAUCUCGAGGACUACGCCACCGAAGGCCUUCGUACUCUUUGCAUUGCGAUGCGUGAAAUUACCGAAGAAGAAUAUCGAGUUUGGGCGUCCGUCUAUGAAAAAGCUUCGACGAGCAUGGUCAACCGACAGGAUGAGCUCGACAAGGCAGCCGAGAUGAUUGAAAAAGAUCUCUUCCUGCUGGGCGCAACCGCCAUCGAAGACAAAUUACAGGACGGCGUUCCGGAAACGAUUCACACCCUUCAACAGGCCGGGAUAAAAAUAUGGGUCCUCACAGGCGACCGACAAGAAACUGCCAUAAAUAUUGGUCUCAGCUGUAAACUUAUCCAGGAGGAGAUGUCUUUGAUUACGGUGAACGAAGAAAGUCAUUGGGGGACGAAGGAAUUCAUGGAGAAAAAGAUUCAAGCGAUGAAAGGUCGCGUUAACCCUGAGGCCGAGCCUCUCGCUCUGGUGAUCGAUGGUCGCACUCUUGAAUUCGCCCUCGAGAAAGAUCUCGAAAAGACCUUCCUCGAAUUGGCAACCAUGUGCAAGGCCGUAGUCUGUUGUCGAGUAUCACCUCUCCAGAAAGCGCUCGUCGUAAAACUAGUGAAGAGACACCUCAAGACCAUCCUUCUUGCCAUCGGUGAUGGAGCCAACGAUGUGUCCAUGAUUCAGGCGGCACAUGUCGGCGUUGGUAUCAGUGGAUUGGAAGGGAUGCAAGCGGCGCGUAGCGCAGAUGUUGCCAUCAGUCAAUUCCGAUACCUGAAAAAACUUUUGUUGGUUCAUGGUGCGUGGAGCUACCAGAGAUUAAGCAAACUGAUAUUGUACUCGUUCUACAAAAACAUAACAUUAUAUAUGACGCAAUUUUGGUAUGCAUUUCACAAUGGAUUCUCCGGUCAAGUGAUAUACGAGUCUUGGACGAUCACAUACUAUAAUGUACUCUUCACGGUGUUACCGCCCAUGGUCAUAGGAAUAUUCGAUCAGUAUAUCAGUGCGAGGAUGUUAGAUCGGUAUCCGCAAAUGUACAUGCUGGGUCAAAAAAGCGAAUUCGUUUUGUAUGGGGCGUCAAUUUCCAUUUUUAAAGAUGAUCUGGUCCUCUCGGACGGCCAAAUGGCAGGACAUUGGUUUUGGGGGACGGCGCUGUACACGGCAGUCUUGGCGACGGUCCUCGGGAAAGCUGCGUUAAUAACCGAUUUAUGGACGAAAUAUACCUAUAUCGCCAUUCCCGGCUCAUUCAUUUUCUGGAUGUUUUUCAUCAUCGUCUAUGGAACCCUUGCCCCAAAAUUCAAAAUAUCGGAGGAAUACUACGGCAUUGUUCCAAAGUUAUUCACAAGUCCUGCAUUUUAUUUUACGGUUUUGCUCGUUCCCAUAGUUUGUCUGUUGCGAGAUUACGCGUGGAAAUACAUGAAACGCAUGUACUACCCACGAAGCUACCACAUCGUGCAGGAAAUACAAAAAUUCAACAUUCCCGACUAUCGUCCACGCAUGGAGCAAUUUCAAAAAGCCGUACGAAAGGUUCGUGCGGUACAACGAUUGCGAAAGAAUCGUGGCUUUGCGUUCUCGCAAAACGAGUCAGGUCAGGAGGCCCAUCUUAUCAGGGUAUACGAUACUACCAUGGCAAAACCCAAGGGUUAA